GAAGAAUAUCAAUAUUUAGGAGAUGGCAGAUGACUUUGAUCACUACACCAACAGCUACCAAAUCUAUUCUAAGGACCUCAAGAGCUGUCAAGAAUCCCUUAGCACGUCAGACGUCAUCAAUUGGAAACAACAUUUGCAGAUCCAAAGUUCGCAGCCCAGUCUGGAUGAGGUGAUUCGGAAUCUUGCAACCCCUAAAUUCGUUAAGGUCAAGCAAACACAAUGCAUUCUCUAUGUGAUGCCUGAGACAGCGAGGAAACUGCUUCCUUCCCUGCCGGAGACAAAGAACUUACCUGCUGAACGUGCCAGACCCAAAGCCAUUAACCAAGAGAUGUUUAAACUCUCACCACUGGAUCCUGCCCACGCGGCCUUGGUGAAUAAAUUCUGGCAUUUCGGUGGCAAUGAGAGGAGCCAGAGAUUCAUCGAACGCUGUAUCCAGGCCUUCCCCACCUUCUGCCUGCUGGGGCCCAAGGGGACCCCUGCGUGCUGGUCCCUGAUGGACCAGACAGGAGAGAUGCGGAUGGGGGCCACCCUGCCAGAGUGCCGGGGCCAGGGUCUCAUCUCGCAUAUGUUGUUUGUCCACACCCAGGCUCUGGAGAAACUCGGCUUCCCCGUAUAUAACCAUACAGACAGAGCCAACAAAAUCAUACAGAAAAUUAGUCACACUCUGCAUCAUAUCCCCAUGCCCUAUGGUUGGAACCAGUGGAACUGUGUGCCUCUGUGAAGCAGCCCUGAACUCAAGACAGUGUUGGCUCCGCUGGUCUCGUGUCAAGAGAUGCAGUGGGGUGGGCAGAAAGAAAGAAUAAAUUGUAAUCAGCAGAAAAGUUGUGUGUGUUGUGUGUUGUUUGGGCUCUGGUGGAAGCAGUCUGAACGGCCAUCAGAUCCACCAGGGUGCCUACUCACACAUCAUUCAAGAACUUCCCUUUGGGUCCAGCAGAUCUUCCUAUUUCCUCCACAUUCCAACCCUGGCA